UCUGUACUUCCUGCUCUGUAACUCUCUUUCCUGAUUAGAUUGUUUCGUUUCGAACCCUUUAUUCCUUCCCUCUGCCGCCAUCUCCUUCCCUGACGCAGGCCCCAUUUUCUCAUAACCCUUUUCCCCUUUUCCUCCUCCAUCAACGCCCAUGAUUUCUUUCGCUUCCUUUCGCUUUUGAAUCAAGCAACUCAUGUGGGUUCCUCUGGAUUUCGCUUUUUUUUUUUCUUCUUGCAUUUCAUGUGAAUCCCAUUUCCCUUUCCUUUCCACCCUUCGUCUCUCUGUUGUGUUUUCCUCUGUUCUUUCGUUGUUCUUCAUUUUCUCGUCUGUGAUUCUCGUUUUUAGAUUUUGGGUUUUGGGUUCUUGAAUGGUAGCAUCUAUUUUGCAUUCGUUUCUCUGUUUGAUUUGAUUUUUGAGCUCUCAAUCUGUUGAACCACUCGGAUUUCUUCAUCCCCUUUGAAUCGUUUAAUCGUUUUAGCAUCUCGAUUGAUCCUCGUUUCUUACUUUUGUCAAAGCGUUUUGAUGAUUUGUUCUUGUAGGUGUCUUCUAGGUGCUUGGUUUUAGAUUAAGGAUUCUUCUGAUUCAAGAUUUUGCCCUGUUUGAUUACUCUUUUUUGGGUUUUUUUGAUCACAUAUUUCAUGAUUCGAAAUGGGUUUCUCUCGAUUUCUUGAAUUGAUUUGAGGGUUGUUAUGAUUUCUCCAGCAUUGAUUUGAUUGUGCUGGAAUAGCCAAAGGAUAUGGUCUCUGUUUGAUUUCUUGCAGGGUACUUAUGAAUUGAAAUUCUAAAUGGAUGUUCAAUCGAAUGGUAAACGCUCUGUACUUUGCCUUCGUUAUCUAAAUUCCAGGAUCUGUAAAUGCAUUGCUAUACUACUUGUUCUUCUGAUUGUUAGAGCUAUUGUCUUUCCGUUCUCGAGUUUCGAUCGGAUCGAAGAGAAUGGCUUAGUAGUCAUCCGAAAUCGAUCUCCAUUUCGCUUAGAUAAGUUUUUGGAGGUUCCUCAGAUUGUUUGGGGUUUAAACAAUCAAAAGAUAGCAUUUGCAAGAGCUUGUUUGACUGCAAGAAUGUUGAACCGCACUCUUUUGAUGCCUAGUCUUAGUGCCUCCCUGUUUUAUAAAGAAGUUGAGCGUUUGGAGCCGAUUUCCUUCGAUAAGAUCUUUCGAUAUGAAGAGUUUAAUUCUCGUUGUAACGGAUUUGUUCGAUUGGGACGCUAUAUGGAUGUAAGUAAUCGAACAAAAGCGAUCGAGAUACCGAAAGGAAGCGGAAGGAAGUGGACAGUCGAGAGGGAUUUCGAGCAAUUGAAGGAGUAUAGCAAGGAGCCAUUUGAUCAGGCAGAGGUGGUUAGAAUAGAGGGUAAGAAUCCAUUUUUGUGGCAUGAUCACUGGCCCGUAAAGGACUACGCCAAGGUUUUCGAGUGCUUGGUUUUGGUCGACGAGAUCGAGAAAGAAGCUGAUAAAGUGAUCUCCAGGAUUAGAGAAGUAGGAUCCAAAGUAAGAAGCAAACUCGACUCGAGUGCUACCGGUGCUAAAGCUCGGAUGUUGUUGCAACCGGUACCAUAUGUUGCAGUCCACAUGAGAAUCGAGAUCGACUGGAUGAUUCACUGUAAGAAGUUAGAGAAGAGAUCUAAGAUGAACCAAAUUUGUAGUAGCAAGGAGGAGAUAGUGAAUAGAGUAGGCAACAUUAUCGGAAUGAAAACGCCAACGGUGGUUUAUCUCGCGGUUGCAGAUAGUUUACUUAACGAUUCUUCGAUUUCAAAAGGUUGGAAAGACGGGUUUGUACCUAUAGAAAAGAGGAAAUUGGGGAUUGAUGAAAUCUACAAGAAGUAUCCAUACCUCGUUCAGUCAGCAAUCGACUACGAAGUUUGCUUGAGAGCUGAUGUGUUCGUAGGAAACAGUUUCUCUACGUUUUCGAGUCUCGUGGUGCUUGAAAGAACGCAAAAGCUUACGAAAACGGGGGUUUCGAAUCUAUGUGGUACUAAUGUAAGAUGGCGUUCGUAUGCGUAUAACAUAUUAGGAGAUUCAAAUGGGGCUCGGAGAUGGAUAGCUGAUAUGUCUGAUUUGAGCCUCGAGAAAAUUAGCUAUGGCUCGAACGAUACCUCUUGUCGAUGAUCGGUUAUUUGAUGGCUCGAGAUUGAAGUUGUUGACUUUGUUUCGAGUUCUUGUACCAUUUGUACAUGAAAAGGAAAAACAGAGGAUGGUUAAAGAGGGAGAAUUAGGGGAAUUUGAUUGUUUUAUUAGAAAUAAUAGAUUGAUUUAUUGUUUUUAUGAGUCGUUAAUUUA